CGCACUGGGUGAUACGGUAUUUAAACACCACACCCAGCGGCACGACAUAGCUACAGACACUGUGUGAAACCUCACCAGCCCAGAUCACUAAGGAAAUUCAAAAUGGCACUCGUAGCUGAGUUCUUGGGACAGUUGACUCUCGAUGUGUUUGGGGAUAACGACCCCAAAUAUCCCACGGUGGAAGCUGUGCCCGACUUCGAUCCUGAAAAGGAUGCUGCUAGAAUAGAGACUGCCAUCCAGACCAAGGGUGUGGAUGAGAAGACCAUUAUUGAUAUCCUCACCAAACGCAGUUACUCCCAGCGGCGAGACAUUGCUUUCUCAUACGAAAGGAGGGCAAAGAAGGACAUGAUCACAGCCCUGAAGGGCUCUCUGAAAGGCUCUCUGGAGACACUCAUCCUGGGUCUAAUGAAAAGCACGGCACAGUACGACGCCUCUGAAAUCAAAGCCUCCAUGAAGGGACUGGGAACCGAUGAAGAAACCCUAAUCGAGAUGGUGUGCUCCCGCAGUAAUAAGGAGCUGGUGGAAAUUAAACGCGUCUACAAAGAAAUGUUCAAGAAAGAUCUAGAGAAGGACAUUGCUGGAGAUACCUCAGGAGACUUUUGUAAACUGCUGCUGGCUUUAGUACAAGCUAAUAGGGAGGAGCCUAGCAAUAUUGUGGACUAUGUGAAGAUUGACCAGGAUGCCAGAGCGCUGUAUGAGGCAGGUGUUAAGAGGAAGGGAACAGAUGUUGCUACGUGGAUCACCAUCAUGUCCCAAAGAAGUGUCCCACACCUUUGCAAAGUGUUUGACAGAUACAAGAGCUACAGCCCUUAUGACAUGAAGGAAAGCAUCUGUAAGGAGGUCAAAGGGGACCUGGAAAAAUCUUUCCUUACACUGGUAGCCUGUUUUGAAAACAAACAGUUGUACUUCGCCAACAGACUUGCUGAAGCCAUGAAGAGCAAAGGAGCUAAGGAGAAGGUGGUGACUCGCAUCAUGGUGUCACGCUGUGAAGUAGACCUCAUGAAGAUUCGCACAGAGUUCAAGAAGCAGCACAGCAAGUCUUUGUACCAGACCAUCACUGAGCACACCAAAGGGGAUUACCAGAAGGCCCUCCUGAGCCUGUGUGGAGGAGAUGACUGAGUCCUUCACCAUGUCAGAGAACGAUCACAAGCCACAGCCUUCCAAAGGGCCACAGUGAUAAUCAUUCCAGACACAGCAGUGCUACUGCGCUAAGGACCGUACAGGACUAUGCUUCAUGGAAAUGAAAUAAUCUGUAACAUAAAGUAGUAUACACCUUAUAUAACCAGUUUUAUUGGUAAUAAAAUAAUCAUUAGACAAUUUUGCUGUAAUGAUGAAAAUACAAAGCAUAAAUGUAUUGACUUAGUUGUCCACAAGGAGGCAGUGAUACAAGCAAUAUUAGGGUGAUGAGCUGGCGUGUUUUUUUUUGUGCAGUACAAAAACAGUUAAUAUUUAUGUAAAAUAUGUGAAGCAUUAUCCUUUUUACAAGUCAGAAAUAAAAUGUAUGCACAUUUAUCUAAUGAUUUUUCAUAACCACUUACUGCAUAAUAUGUAAUUAUGCUACCAGACCUGAAACCUAUGCUAAACAGCACACAAGUACGCCCAAGACAAGAUGCCAGUCUUUAGCAGGACGGACACACACACACACACACACGCAAGCACAGACACACACACAUGCACGCACGCACACACAUAUACACACAGACACACACACACACACACUCUACGGGAAAUUAAGAAAUGCCAAUUAGCCUAACUUCUAUGGAAACUUCUAUGACAGCCACUCUUUGACUUCAGUUGUUUAAACCUUCUUAUUUCAAACACAUAACAUGUUUUAAUUUACCUAACUCAAGACAAACUGCCAAGACAUUACACAACACAAAAAUGAAUAAAUGUGUAAAUAUAAAUUGUCAAGGGUGUUCAGGUGAUGUACAGUACUGUGCUAAUGUUUCAGGCAGUCAGAAAAUGUUUAAAUGAUCUUCAUGUUGAUGUAAAACUGAUUUUAUGUCUGUCAAAGUGUGUCAGCUUAGCCAUUUCGAAACCUCUCUUAAAAUCAUCCAGGUAUUUGCAGCAACCAUACAAAAGACCAAAGCAUUUUAUUACUCGACCACUACCCCACCUCGUUUGCAUAAUAAAUACCUCAUCAAGUUUUGUUUAA